AUGCCACCACCGAGUCAAUUCUUUACGCUUAUGGAUGCGCUUUCUUCGUUGGAUGUCGAUAAGUUCAAAGCUUUCAAAGUGUUGACUACAGAAUACAGAAUCUUGAAGGCCAGUCAUGGCGGCAAUGUUGCAAUCUCCACAGACAUACUCAUCCCCAAAACUCUGCUGGGUUCUCCUGACCAUGAACGCUCUCAAAUCCCAAUUCUGGUUCGGAUUCAUGGUGGAUUUCUAGUCACUGGGUCAAGCCGUUAUGCCCCCUGGUUUUCAAAUUGGAUUCUAGAUUACGCUUCAAAAAGCAAUGCGAUCAUUAUAUCUCCAAACUACCGCCUACUUCCUGAAGCAAGUGGGACAGAAAUUCUGGAGGAUAUUGACGCUUUCUGGGAUUGGCUGCGCGGAAAUGGACUUUCACAGUCUUUGCAUGACACAGGCCACUCCAAUAUUACCCCCGAUCUUUAUAGAGUGCUACUAAUUGGGGAAAGUGCCGGUGGUUACUUGGCUGUUCAGUUGGCUCUAAAGUAUCCGUCCACGGUUUCAGGUGUUGUCGCUGCCUACCCGAUGCUGGAUCUCCGAUCACAAUUCUACACACGACGAUAUGAGAAACCGAUUGUUGGUGUUCCAAAUAUACCGAACAGUGUGAUAAAUGAACAUCUCCAGGCCAAUGAGUCUGGGAGCAUGCCGAGGGUAGUCACGACCGCGAAUCCACCGGAUCGCCUGGAGUUGGCAUUUUCUAUCGUGCAAAAUGGCCGCUUCCUGGAAUUCUUCGGCACUGAUACUCCAGAUUUGUUUCCGAUGGAAAGAGCGAGGCGUCUUGCAGCUUCGGGUAAAUCAAAGAUACCUCCAUUUUUCAUAUUUCAUGGAAAACAAGACUCGGCAGUUCCUGUUGAUGGAUCCCAUCGAUUUGCCUCUUUAUUACGCCAAAACUUCCCCGACGGACUGGUCCAACUUCACGUUCAGGACGGUGAUCAUGGAUUCGAUUCGGAUGCCACCCUGAAUACUCCAUGGCUUCGGAAUGGUUUGAGUGUGAUUUCAGCUGCUUGGCUCAAUUCAACACCCGGCGUCUCGCAUCUGUGA